AUGACCAGUUCAAAGGUAAUUGCUGGAGAUGCUUCAAGUAUUUCACAAAUUCGACCUUUUCUGUAUCUCAGUGGAUUAGCACCACUCACUCCAGCAUCUUUGAAACCAUUCACAUGCAUAAUUAAUUGUGUUGCUGGUUUACAACAAAUCGUACCAUCACAUUUUACGGUGCUUCAUAUUCCAAUUGAAGACGACGAAGAAACAGACUUAAGUCCAUAUUGGCAUUGCGUUUUUCAGAAAAUUAAUGACCAAAAGCAAAUUGGUGGCAAAGUACUCAUUUUUUGUGGUAUGGGAAUUUCUAGGUCAGCUACUUUUGUAAUUGCAUAUUUGAUGUGCAUGGAGGGAAUGACUCUGCGCGAUGCAUACAAAGAAGUACAAAAUAUCCGCAAUAUUAUUUGUCCAAAUGUUGGAUUUUUCAAACAAAUGAUUGAAUUAGAGCAAAAACUUUACAAUGAAACAACCGUGAAAAUAAUCAAACCAGUGAAUGGCAUAGAAGUUGCAGAUGUCGUCUGGAAUGAGCUAUAUGACGAGAUGAUGACUGAUUUUGAUAAAAGUAAAGCAUAA